UGAUUUAAGCACUGAAGUUAUUAGUCUCAAUACGAAUUUUGAUGCUGAUAUUGAUACCAGGAAUAAUGAUAAUUCACUUGACCUUCUUGAUGAUAAUUUUAUCUUUAAUAACAAUGAAGCACUUGAUAGAGAUAUUAGUGAUAACAAUAUAAUCCUAUCUGCAACUCUAAUUAAUAACAAUUCAACUAAAAUAUUUGUUGGCCAAACUUUUGAUGACUGGCAAAAGGUCGAGAAAUGCAUUAAUGUCUAUGCAAUAAGUAAAGAGUUUGUAACAAGAUUACAAUAUACUAACAAAAUCAUGGGCCUUACCACCAGAGCAAAAAUUGUUUGUUGUCGUGCUGGCACUCCAAGUAACAAAAUUAUGUUUGACCCCGGAUAUCGCAAAUUAAGCAAUAGUGAAAAAUCACAUAUACAAAUGCUUUAUAAUAGAGGCAUGCCAGUACCAACAAUUGUUAACAUGCUAACUGAACAAUAUAAUAGAUAUAUUCAUAAUAAGGAUGUCUAUAAUGCUUUAAAUAACCAAUCUAAAGACUAUGUAAAUGGCUUGUCAGAAACUGCAAAUCUAUUAAAUAGUUUAAGCAACAAUGACGAAUAUAAAGUUACCUAUUUAAUUAAUAAUGGCAAGCUUUAUUGCCUAUUUUUCACUACUCAUUCUGCACUUGUAAUGUUUAAAUAUUAUCCAGAAAUUUUACUAAUGGAUUCUACAUAUAAGACAAAUCAUUUUGGGAUACCACUUCUGCUUAUCUGUGGUAUUGACGCUAUAGAUUUCAAAACUACAAUAGUUGAAAGUGAUGAAAAUCAAUUUAAUAUUCUAUGGAAUUGUCUAUUAACUAAACAUCCUGAGGCUAAAACAUAUAUGGUAGAGCAAUGGAAACACUUUAUCUAUAUAUGGGUAUAUUGUUAUAUAAACAAGAAUAUUAACUAUGGAAUACGAACAACACAACAAUCAGAAGCCAGUAAUGUACAUUUAAAGUGUCUGUUAAGUCAUACAGUGCCCUUACCUAAAUUAAUAAGUGCAUUGAAAAAGUUAAGUAAUCACCAACUUCAGCACCCCCAAUAUCAACAGUAUCGUCUACGUGAAAGCAUUCGUCAACAAUGCUCUAAAUUGUUAAAAGAUAUUUCAAUAGUUAUUUCAGAUUUUGUAUAUUUUAUAUUAUUGGAGCAAUACAAUACAGCCACUGUGUAUAAAAUUGAAAUGCAAGAAGGUG